GUUUUGACCUAAAGAUUCAACCUUUUUGGAGGGAGAAGCAACAAAAAUCUGUGAUCUUUUUAGCCACCUUUCAUUCAUCGACGGCCUGUGGAUCAUCAUCUACAAAACCUUCUCAUAAUCCGCCAAAAAUUGAACGCCUUCUGUUGUCCAUCGCUUGUACAUAUAAAACACACACACACACAUACAUACUCGAUGACGAUUAGUUCUCCGUUUCUGUAAAAUCUUUGUAAAACCCACAGGAGGAUGGCGUUCACCUCUGGAAUCUUAGCUUUUGCAGCACCUUCACCAACAUUGAAUGUCAUCAACGAUUCAUCCAAGGUACGCAAAACCAUAACUUCUUCUCAUAUUUCCUGCUCAGCCUCUUCUUCUUCUUCCGUAACCAGUGAGAUUACAACUAUCGAACAACAAGAACCUUCCAAGAAAUUUAGCUACAGCAGAGCAUCCCCGUCAGUCAGAUGGCCUAACCGAAAAGAACCAACCGAUAAUCAUAACACAGACAAAACCCAGUUCCCAAUUUCACUCACAACCCCCAAACUUGAUGUUUUUGAAGAUGAAUCUUUGACUGGUAACGAAAUUGAAGGAAAAGUGGAACCGUUGGAAAUGAAUAACGAAACCCUAGAAUAUCCGGGUAGGAAUAGCCGCGGAGUGGCAAAGAAGAUGACGAAAUUAGCUUUGAAAAGAGCAAAAGAUUGGAGACAAAGAGUUCAAUUUUUAACUGAUCGAAUAUUAGGGUUGAAAUCUCACGAGUUUGUCGCCGAUGUGUUGGACGAUAGACAGGUUCAGAUGACGCCUACUGAUUUCUGUUUCUUAGUGAAAGGAAUCGGGAAAUUAAACUGGCAAAGAGCGUUGGAAGUUUACGAAUGGCUAAACCUUCGUAAUUGGUACUCCCCAAAUGCCCGUAUGCUCGCCACCAUACUAGCUGUUCUUGGUAAAGCCAAUCAAGAAGCAUUAGCCAUGGAGAUUUUCAAUCGAUCAGAAGAAGGAAUAGACGGUAGCGUACAAGUUUACAAUGCAAUGAUGGGUGUUUAUGCCAGAAACGGAAGGUUUACAAAAGUUCAAGAAAUCCUCAAUCUAAUGCGUGAAAGGGGAUACGAACCAGAUCUUGUCAGUUUCAACACAUUAAUCAAUGCCCGAUUUAAAUCCACUCCAAUGGAACCAAACAUGGGAAUUAAUCUGCUAACUGAAGUAAGACGUUCAGGUCUCCAACCAGAUAUCAUCACUUACAACACUCUGUUAAGUGCUUGCUCUCAUGAUUCCAACUUGGAAGAAGCAGUCAAGGUCUAUAAAGACAUGGAAUUAAACAAAUGUCAACCUGAUUUAUGGACUUACAAUGCGAUGUUAUCUGUUUAUGCAAGAUGUGGAUUAGUUCAUGAAGCUGAAUCACUGUUCAAAGACUUGGAUUCAAAAGGGUUUGUCCCAGAUGCAGUCACAUAUAACUCUUUACUCUAUGCGUUUGCUAAAGAAGGGAAUGUGGAUAAAGUUAUUAAACUACGUGAAGAAAUGGUGAAAUUAGGGUUUGGAGAAGAUGAGAUGACCUACAAUACUGUUAUUCAUAUGUAUGGGAAGUUAGGGCAACAUGAAUCGGCUUUGAAGCUCUAUAAUGACAUGAAAUCACAUGGUUGUGAACCUGAUGUUGUGACAUACACUGUUCUUAUUGAUUCUUUAGGUAAAGGUAAUAAGAUUUCUGAAGCUGCAAACGUGAUGUCAGAAAUGAUGGAUUCUGGGAUUAAACCGAGUUUGAGAACUUUCAGUGCUUUGAUAUGUGGAUACGCGAAGGCUGGAAAGAGACUCGAGGCUGAAAAAACGUUUGAUUCCAUGGUGAAAUCGGGUAUCAAGCCUGAUCUUCUUGCUUAUUCAGUCAUGUUGGAUGUGUUUUUGAGAUUUGAUGGAGGUAAAGCUAUGAUGUUGUAUAACAACAUGGUUCGUGAUGGUUUCAUCCCAGAUUUAUCUCUUUACGAGCUCCUAAUCCAAUCUCUUAAUGAAAACAAAGAUUAUGUUGAAAAAAUUAUUAAAGAUAUGCAGAAGUUAUGUAAUUUGAAUCCCCAAGUCAUUUCCUCUACUCUAGUGAAAGGUGGGUCCUACGAUUAUGCAGCUAACAUGCUGAAAAACGCCAUUUUAGAGGGUAAUGAUUUAGAUCAUGAGAGCUUGUUAUCCAUAUUAAGUUCUUAUAGUUCAUCCGGAAGGCAUGUGGAAGCUUUAAAUUUACUUGAUUUUCUGAAAGAACAUUCACCCGGAUCGGAUCAUAUUGUUACAGAAGCUAUGAUUAUGCUUCUUUGCCAUUCCAAUCAAUUAGAUGCUGCCAUUGAUGAAUACAGAAAGAGUCGGAGUUCUAAUUCAAAUUUGUUCUCUGGGAGCUCUUCAAUGUAUGAAUCACUGAUUGAAGCCUGCAAGGAGGCUGAGCUUUUUUCAGAAGCUUCUCAGGUCUUCUCAGAUAUGAUGUUCAUCGGAAUUCAACCUUCUAAUGUUAUAUACACAAAUGUCGCUCUUAUGUACUGUAAAUUAGGGUUUCCAGAAACCGCUCAUGAUUUGAUCAAUCGAGCUGAAUCAAUCGAUGAGAUUUCAGUUUAUGUGGAUCUUAUCGAUGCUUACGGAAAGUCAAACCUACUGGAAAAGGCAGAGACUGUGGUCAAAAGUCUUCGAGAAAGAUUUCCUGUUGUAGACAGAAAAGUUUGGAAUGCGUUAAUACAAGCUUAUGCUUCAAAAGGUGAAUACGAAAAGGCGCGAGCAGCUUUCAAUACUAUGAUGAAAGAUGGGCCGGGUCCCACUGUAGAAUCGGUAAACGGGCUUAUGCAAGCUUUAAUUGUUGAUGGGAGAUUAGACGAAUUGUACGUUGUGGUUGAAGAGCUUCAAGAUUUAGGGUUUAAAAUCAGCAAAAACUCCAUUGUUUUGAUGCUUGAAGCGUUUGCAGAAGCUGGGAAUGUGUUCGAGGUGAAGAAGAUAUACCAUGGAAUGAAGGCAGCAGGAUAUUUUCCGACUAUGAAUCUUUAUAGAGUAAUGAUCGGUUUGCUUUGUAAGGUGAAACAUGUUCGUGAUGUUGAAGCUAUGGUUGAUGAAAUGGUGGAAAUCGGAUUCAAACCCGAUCUUUUUAUAUUCAAUUCUUUACUCAAAUUAUAUACAAACAUCGAAGAUUAUAGAAAAACAAUUGAAGUUUACCACAAGAUUCAAGAAAAUGGACUUAAACCGGAUUCCGAUACAUACAAUACUUUGAUCGUAAUGUAUUGCAGAGACCAUAAACCCGAGAUUGGGUUGUCUUUACUUAAUGAAAUGGUCAAACAAGGUUUAGAUGCAAAGUUGACCACCUACAAAAGCCUGAUUGCCGCCUUUGGUAAGCUACAAAUGGUGGGACACGUGGAGGAGCUUUUUGAAAAGGUGAAAAGUGAAGGGUAUAAUCUGGACCGUUCAUUUUAUCAUUUAAUGAUGAAAACAUAUAGAAGUGCUGGACACCAUUCUAAAUCGGAAGAGAUUUUCAAAUUAAUGAAAGAAGAAGGAAUCGAACCCACGAUUGCUACGAUGCAUCUUCUUAUGAUUUCUUAUGGAAGCUCGGGAAACCCCAUGGAAGCUGAAAAAGUUCUUGAUAAUUUGAAGUCCAGUGGCGAGAGCCUCACUACUUUAACCUAUUCAUCUGUUAUCGAUUCUUAUUUCAAGAACAGUGAUUAUGUCACCGGAGUUCAAAAGCUUACAGAGAUGAUGACAGAAGGGGUCAAACCAGACCACCGGAUAUGGACCUGCUUCAUUAGGGCUGCUAGUUUCUGCAAGACGAAAAGUGAAGCAAUAACAAUCUUGAAUGCAAUCAAAGAUGCUGGUUUCGAUCUUCCAAUCAAGCUUUUGGAAAACUCAGACUCCAUGGUUAUGGAGAUGGACCGGGUUUUUGAAGAACUGAAACCCAUGGAAGAUAACGCAGCACUUAACUUUGUAAACGCCAUUGAAGAUCUGUUAUGGGCAUUUGAGCUUCGAGCCACCGCUUCAUGGGUGUUUCAGCUGGCGGUGAAAAAAGAUAUAUACCGGAAUAACGUGUUCAGGGUGGCGGAAAAGGACUGGGGAGCUGAUUUCCGGAAGCUAUCUGGUGGUGCCGCCCUCGUUGGUCUUACAUUAUGGCUUGACCAGAUGCAGGAUGCAUCUUUAGAGGGUGUCCCGAUGUCUCCCAAAUCGGUUGUUUUAAUCACCGGGGUUUCUGAGUAUAACAAUGUCUCGUUAAACACUACUUUGAAAGCUUAUCUUUGGGAAAUGGGAUCCCCGUUUUUGCCAUGUAAGACUCGAAGCGGGCUACUCGUGGCAAAAGCUCAUUCUUUAAGAAUGUGGUUGAAAGAUUCACCGUUUUGUUUGGAUCUCGAGUUGAAGAACAGUGUUAGUGUCCCUGAAAUGAACUCGAUGCAAGUUGUUGAAGGGUGUUACAUCAGGCGUGGGCUUGUUCCUGCUUUUCAAGAGAUUAAUGAGAGGCUUGGGCCUGUUAGGCCCAAGAAGUUUGCUCGGUUGGCUUUGAUGUCGGCUGAGAAAAGAGAUAAAGUUAUCCAGGCUGAUAUCGAUGGGAGGAAAGAGAAGCUAGAGAAGUUGAACAGAUUCGGGGGUAUGAGGAAGACGCGGUUUCCCAAGAGGAAAUAUGUAAGGCAGGAGGCUCUCAAAUAAUGAAAACCGACUCAAUAUUCACCCAAAACUAACUUGAUAGAGGUAGCCAACAAAUUUGGGCUAAGAAUUGGGUCUGCGGGUGUUGCAAUGCUGAACCCGGGGAUUCUUAAGAUGUUGAUAAAGGAAGAGGAGGGUUUGUUUGACCCAAGGAAGCGAAAGUUGAACAAAACAAGUAUGACAUUCACAAUCACAUAGGUUCGCUUGUUUUUGACGCAUCCAUGUACGAUUAAUGGGUCAAUAUCGUGUUUUACUUUCUCGUAUAGUAAUCAUUAGUUACAAAUGUAGUUAUAACAGCAUACAUGUCUGCUCCCUACAUUACAAGAUUUAUGGUUGAACGUUGUAAUUGAGUCAAUCCAACUCGUGACAUACUAGAAAAAUACUCAAAAUGGCUUGAGCUACUCUAGUAUGUUAUCGAGUCGAGGCCGAGUUUUAAAAUACUUGGCACGUGAAGCUCAUGAGCAUAUUCAAGCUUAGUUGAAGUUGCAUUUUCUCUAUUUGAUUCAUAUUUACAUAUUCAAGCCAAGUUAAGCCUAAUCGU